AUGGGAUUAGGUGCCGCUAACUGGUCAAUUCUUGGAUACUUUAUAUAUGUCCUUUUGGUUUAAAUUUCAGAUAUUGCAGCUUCAUUAGUUGGAUUUGCCUUGGGCUGGAAUGCAAGUGACUUCGAUACCUAAUUUACCACUUUUUAGAGUACUCUGCUCACAACUUUAAGCUCAGCAAUUAUGUGA